CUUCAUCCUCCCUGUGAUCGGCCUCUCAGGAGAUUAUUCCCCUCCUGGAUGUUUGUUUGUCUCAGUUUCGGAUCAUGGCAGGAUCCUCUGCAGUUCACGGUUCAGCGGAGCGUAUCGGCUACAUCACCCGCGUCCAGAGCUUCAGCGCCUGUCACCGGCUCCACAGCAUUCACUUGACUGACAAGGACAAUAAAGAAGUGUACGGAAAGUGCAACAAUCCUAACGGCCAUGGACACAACUACAAAGUGGAGGUAACUGUGCGUGGAAAGAUCGAUCCUGUAACCGGCAUGGUCAUGAACCUGACAGACUUGAAGAAGUGUAUUGAGGAAGUCAUUAUGAUUCCACUGGACCAUAAAAACCUUGAUAAAGACGUCCCUUACUUUGCCAGCGUUGUAAGUACAACGGAGAAUGUGGCUGUUUACAUCUGGGACAACAUGGCGAAGGUGCUCCCACCCAACCUGCUUUAUGAGAUCAAGAUAUAUGAGACGGAUAAAAACAUUGUCGUAUAUCGAGGAGAGUAGACGUCUGAGUGCUCAUAUUGUGUUUGGUGUAAUAGCCCUGAAAGUGCCAUUCAUUUCUCUUUGUUUAACUGUACUGUCUGCAGACUCUGGUUAUGUGACCGAUACAGGAUUACCAAGACUCAGAUUCUAUUUUUUACUCUUGUAUGCCAAAGACUGUGUCGUAAAUCCUAAUGUUCAGUAUUCUUGUACAACUUUUGUUCUCGUGAAGGUGGAUGACCUUUAGAACAGUGAUCUUUUUGGUUAAUGACUGCUUAAAACAAAGCAGGGUGGUCAUGGGAAGGGUGUGAAAAACGUGAAUAUGAAAUAAUUCAAUGCGUGAGUAAAUCACUUCACUUACAACUCGG